AUGCUUAUGCUUAUGCUGAAUGCCAAUGGGCUGACCGACAGACGGAAAGAACUUGAGUUAUUCAUAAACACUGAGAAUAUUGAUGUUGCCCUGAUAUCUGAAACAAGACUUACACCCAGAACACAUAUAAAGUUCCAUAACUAUACGAUCUAUAGAACCGACCAUCCUUCUGGAAAUUCUCAUGGCGGCACUGCAGUGAUACUGAAAAAUAACAUAAAGCAUUACCCUCUUGAAGUAUACAAAACAGAAAAAAUUCAGGCAACAUCAAUUAAAAUACACCACAAAAAUACUGAGAAAACACUCACUGCAAUCUAUUGUCCUCCACGACCCAAAAUCGAGGCUGAUGAAUUCAAGCUGUUUUUCAACAAAUUGGGCCCAGUAUUUUUCUGCGGAGGAGAAUGGAACUCCAAACACACUUUCUGGGGUUCAAGACUGAUCAACCCUAGGGGCAUACAGCUGUAUAAAGCCACUCCAGAUCUCAAUCUCGAAUUUAUCUCGCACGGAGAACCAACGUACUGGCCAACGGACCAUAACAAAGUACCAGAUUUGCUAGACUUCUAUAUUUCAAAGAAUCUUGGGCAAAACUAUUUACAGAUUGAAAAAUGUGAAGAUCUGUCAUCAGAUCAUACUCCAGACAUUUUAAAUAUUUAUAAAAAGGCCAUUUUCCUUAAGCCACUCCCCAAGAUCUACAACAAACAUACCAACUUGGACCAGUAUAGAGAAUUUAUACGUAGUAACAUUGACUUAAACAUAAGUCUAAAGACAAACAAUGAAAUCGAAGCCGGCGUUGAAAAGUUCAAUAGCAUUGUACACAUGGCUGCCAACGUUUCCACUCCUAAAAAUAUGAAAUCAAAAACAAAACAAAAGGAAUACCCCAGAAACAUAAUCGCGAAGGCCAGUGAACGACGCAAAAUAAGAGGAGAAUGGCAUAAAACUAGAUAUCCUUUCGAUAAAUCUCAGCUAAACAGGGCAACGAAGGAACUAAAAGACAUAAUCAAAGAGCAUGAAAAUCGUUGUGUACAAAAUCACCUAUCUCAACUCACAUCACAAAAGUAUACAUACUAA